GCUGAAGUCUCCGGCGGGCACUUGGGGGCGGGCUGGGGGCUGGCCUUCCGGGAAAAGUGCUCGCAGGAGAGAAGGUCACAAGUAGAUAAAGUUGAAAGUUUCCGUAAAGGGACAUACGAGGAUCCUGAAAAGUCCUAGGGCCUCUUAUUCCUUGCUGCUCAAGAAAUGUCUUCACUUUCAGAAUAUGCCUUGCGCAUGAGUCGUCUGAGUGCCCGGCUAUUCGGUGAGGUUGCCAGGCCUACUGAUUCCAAAUCCAUGAAAGUGGUGAAGCUGUUCAGUGAGCAGCCUUUGGCCAAGAGGAAGGAGACUUAUGACUGGUAUCCAAAUCACAACACUUACUUUGCACUCAUGGGGAUACUACGUUUUCUUGGCCUCUACAGAGACGAACAUCAGGACUUUAAGGAUGAGCAGCUGCGUCUAAAGAAACUUCGUGGAAAGGAGAAGCCAAGGAAAGGAGAAGGGAAAAGAGCAGCGAAAAAGAAAUAGUGCUGGUCCAUCAGGGGAGGACUUCUCUCUCAGCAGCUGAAAGUAGGAGGAAGUGUAUUUACGGUCUGUCCACAUCCUGGAGGAGUGUCAGCUUCCCAGGUUGAAGACUGUUUGGAGGAACACCAUCAUCUCUGCUUUGAAAUCUAACCCAGUGAAUUGUGACUGGUUUCAUUGUAAUUCUGCAAAAUUAUCUGCCUUGGUUCUGUAAUCUGAGGUUUACCUUAUUCCUCAAAGAAAUGGAAUGCCUGAC